AUGAGACGACGUGAAGACGAGGACGAACCAAGUCGUCGUACUGCACGAUACAGGACAUCCCCAAGUCCUGCACGCGAUGAGGACAAUGAAGAAUCUAUUCGAAACAAACUGCGCGAGUCUGGCUGGAAGAAACGUAGAACUGAGGGCGAGAACGCGGAAGACGCAGAGACUUCUAAGGACCUUAAAGAAAAGGCCGAAAAGGACACUUCGCGCAGUGUAGACGACCAUGAAAGCUCCAAAAUAUCACGCAGUUCCCGGCGCUCACGAUCCCCGCGUCGGCGUGAGCGGGAACAUCGUAGUUCGCGCAAAAAGUCGUCGGGUAGUCGACGCCGAUCGCCGUCGCGUUCGCGUUCGAUUGCGUCUCGUUCCCAGUCGCGCUCUCGAUCACAUUCUCGAUCAACAGGUCGACGUCGACGUCAUCAUUCGUCGUCCAUGAGGAAACGGCGCUCGUCGCGCUCAGUAUCAAGAACUCGAGACGGGAAAAAGGAAGACAAGCCGAGGAAAACAAUGGAGAAGGAAAGUGGGAAAAAACAAGUGACGGAAGAGAAGGAGAACGAAAAGAAGGAACGUCAUCGAGUUUCCUCAUUGAAAAAGAGUAGUCGACGCUCGCGGUCAGGAUCGCCUCGAUCGCCGUCGAAAUCUUCUCGUCGUCGUCGCCAUCGGCACUAUUCGUCGUAUUCACGUUCGCGCUCUCCGCCACGGAGUCGUCGUGCUCGACGUGGUGGCUCUCGCUCACGCUCUACGACGAGAGACAGACGUUCACGUGGACGCAACCGUGAUCGUCGUAGUCGACGUAGAGGACGUAGUUACAGUCGUAGCCGUAGUCCAAGUUAUAGUCGUGGCCAUGGACGCUUGGAACGUUCGAGCUCACGCGACCAACCGCGUCGUGAUGCGAACAGCUCGCCUGAAGCGCAUCAACAUCCUCCUGUUACCACAGAGACUGCCCCUGCUGGUGUUGGAACUGCUCCGCUUACCCCAAGCGCGGGCGUCAAUCCAACUAUUACGCAACUAAUGGCCCAAUAUCCGACCAUGAGUCUGCAGGACAUUAUCGCCAAGAUGCAGGCGUCGAACGUGACGAUGGCAGCUGCAGUAGCUCAGAAACCGGCGCGUGAACUGUACGUUGGCAAUUUGCCUCCUAACGUGACGGGUCCGCAGCUCCAGGAGUUUCUGAGUACCAUCAUUCAACAGGUGGGGCUCACGACACAGCCUGGAAACCCCAUUGUUAACACGUGGAUUUCCACGGAUGGUCAUUUUGCUUUUUGCGAAAUGCGCUCUGUCGAGGAAUGUAACUUGGCGCUGCUACUAAACCAGUUGUCGCUUCUGGGCCAGCCACUAAAGUUCGGCCGACCACGCAGUUUCAUGGGUCCACCUCAACCUAUGCCUCAGAUUCAGGCGCGUACGCAGACCGCCCUUACAAAUUUGGGCUGCACACCUAAUCCGGCUUGGUUCGCGCAGCCUUCUAUUCCAAGCAUUACGGAGGCAACAGCAGAUUUGUCCACUCUAUCAGGAUCAACUACGGCUGUGGUUUCGAACUUAAAGCCUGCCAUCACUGGUACGGCGGUUAAUGCCGGCUCGCAUCACCUCAUCAUGUCCAAUAUUCCAGUCGUGUUAGCGGAGGACCAAGUGAAGGAGCUGGUGGAGCCGUUUGGGGCGCUUAGAAGCUUUACAUUGGUCAAGGACGCUGCUACGGGUGCCUCCAUGGGUAGUGCUCUGUUCGAAUAUGAGGACCAGGACGUCGCUGUGCAAGCCGUGGAAGGUUUGAACGGACUAAGCAUUGGUGGCAUUCUUUUGUCGGUUCAACGCCAGCCUCUCGCUAGCGGAGCAGCACUUGGAAUAUUGCCAAAAGCGGCUCCUAGUCUUGAAGAUCAGCCCAGUGCUGUUUUAAAAAUGGCGAAUAUGAUUUCUAUGGAAGAACUGAGGGAUGACGAAGAAUAUGCUGAUCUUGCUGAAGAUGUAGAGGAGGAAUGCAAGCGCUUUGGAAAUGUGACGGGUUUAGAGAUCCCGCGUCCUAAGACCGGAGAGGAAGUCCCUGGCUUAGGUUGCAUCUACGUUUGCUUCGGGAAGAAAGAAGAUGCAGCUUCCGCCUUGAAGGCAUUAAACGGACGCAAGUUCGGCGGAAACAUUGUUAAAGUGACCUACUAUCCAGAAGACAAGUUUGAGAAGCGCGAGUUCUCUUGA